UUUCUCCUUUAAACACCAAUACCUUUCUCUCAGUUACUCCACCUCCUCCACUUUCUCUAUUCUCUAAAUUUCCUCUCUGAUAUUCUCAGCUAAAUUUUCUUCAAACAAUGGUGAGAGAUGAUUUGUACAUAACUGUGCCCAGUUUGUUCCGCUGUCCGAUCUCCCUCGACGUAAUGAAAUCACCCGUCAGUUUGUCCACCGGAGUCACCUACGACCGCGUCAGCAUCCAACGUUGGCUUGAUCAAGGCAAUAACACCUGUCCGGCCACCAUGCAGAUCCUUCAGACCAAAGACUUUGUUCCCAACUGCACCUUACAACGGCUCAUCCAGAUCUGGUCUGACUCAGCCGAACGACACCAGACUCACCAUCCCCGAGUUGACUCGGUAGCGGUGCCUUCACAGGAUGAAAUCAAGUGCAUGGUUAAAGAAAUUGAGUACUCAAAGGAUCGGAGUUUUUUUAAAGAAUUGGAGAAAAUUAUGUGUUUUGCUGAAGAAUCCGACGAGAACCGGAGUUUUUUAGCGAAAUUGGACGGGUUUGUGGAAAUGCUUGUUGAUUUUAUGGGUGAUAGUAAGGAGAUUGAUUUUGUUGAGCAAGUAAUUAGGGUUUUAGAUUUGAUUUUGAUGCACAUUACCCAGCAUCAUCAGUUAAUGUCGAAGAAAAAACAUCUUGAUUCUCUGGUUUUAAUUCUCCGGAGAGGAAAAAGCAUUCAAUCAAGAAUCGGGUCGGUGAGAAUUGUCGAAUCGAUAGCGAAUAAUGCGGAAUCGAAGUUGAUAAUAGGCGAAAACGAUGAUUUAUUAUUAGAAUUGGUAAAAUCAACUGGUUUAAAAAACGAUCCAACCUUGAUUGAAGCGAGUUUAUCAUGUUUAAUUUCGAUUUCAAAGGCGAAAAGAGUAAAAUCGAAACUAGUAAAUCUCAAAACCAUUCCCGAACUAAGAAAAAUAAUAACAGCAGAGGUUUCGGAUACGAAUUUGGUUUUAAAUUCGACGACAGAGAAGGCGUUGAAGCUCAUCGAAACGCUGGUGUCUUGCAAAGAAGGGCGGGCGGAGAUGUGCAACGACGUAGCGUGCAUAGAGGCCGUGGUGCAGAAGUUGUUUAAGGUGUCGAGUAAAGCAACGGAGCACGCGGUGACGAUACUGUGGAGUUUGUGUUAUUUGUUUCGGGACGGGAAGGCGAGAGAGGCGGUGAUGAAGAGCAACGGAUUAACGAAGAUUUUGCUAUUGAUGCAAAGUAAUUGCUCGCCUGCUGUUAGGCAAAUGGCGACUGAUUUGUUGAAGAUUUUCAGGGUGAAUUCUAAGUGUUGUCUUUCUAGUUAUGAUACUAAGACUACCCAUAUUAUGCCUUUUUGAUUAACUUUUCUCUGUUAUUUUUGAUGUAAAAUUUGCAGAGAGAGUUGAUUUCUAUAUAGAGAAUCUGAUUGUAAAUUCAAAGGGAAAAGAAAUUUUGUUAGUUAAUACAAAGUGGCAGUUAUAAUUCAUUUGAUUUUGAAUACAAACAUUUGGUUUCUUGUA